CACCAGAGAGACCAUCGAAUAAAAUGGAGAAAUAAAAUAACAUGCAUCCACAACGACCGCGGAUACGGAGACCGUCGCCUUAAUCUGGACAUUUAGACCCAUAUCGCCGCGUAAUCAGCUGGAGGAAGGGGUUAACGACGGAGGUCGAUCAUGGGGAACGAAGCGAGCAUGGAAGGCUGCGAAGGGGCGCUCGCUGGAUUACCAGCGGGACUCACACCUGACGGAAAGGGUGGUUCCAUCCAGAUGCCCGCAGAGGUGGAGGCAGAUCUCAGCAAUCUGUCGGAGGAGGAAAGAAAGCAGCUUGUGGCCGCUAUGGCCAAAGCGCAGUCCAGGCCACCAGAGGCUCAAGCUGGUGGCACGAGAGCCACAGCGGGUCUCAGUAAGAGUCGGACUGUAGAUGCAUUUGUAGAGGGGUCACCUCCCAAGCCAAAGCCUGGACGGAGCCCUUCAUCCCUCAGCCUCCUUGAGUCACGUUUCCGGCAGGAGCCCAAAGAUCCAGAACAACCAAGAACCAGCAUGUUCUCAUCCGGAUUCCUCAGUGGAGCCAACCCCUUAAGUGCGGUCUCUUCUGCUGUCUCCUCCUUUAGCCUGUUUGGUGAUGAGGAGGAGGGGGCAGCCAAGCAGGAAGCAAAGCUGCCUGGUCCACAAGGUGGAGCAGGAAAGGGUCCUACACAGCAAGGGGGUAAGCUACCUCAGCAAGGUCCACCUAAGGGACAAGGACCUCCUCAGCAAAGGCCAGGACAUCCACCCCAAGGGCCUGAAAGCAAGCAUGGUGGUCCUGGUCCUCAGCAACAAGGACCCAGACCUGGUGGACCAGGAACCCAACAGCAAGGGCCUAAACCUGGAGGAUCAGGACCCCAACAGCAGGCAUCAAAACCUGGAGGACCUGGACUCCAACAACAGGGGUCUAAACCUGUAGGGCCUGGACCCCAACAACAAGGGUCUGUUAAACCUGGUCCAGGAGGCCCAGGGAAACCUGGGCAAGGAGCUCAAGCAGAAGGGCCUGGUAAAGCUGGACCUGCCCAGGGGAAAGCUGGCAGAAUGAUGUGUCCUCUUUGUAAGUCUACAGAGCUGAAUGUGCAGGCCAAAGAUCAGCCACCCAACUACAGCACCUGCACUCAGUGCAAACAGCAGGUGUGCAGCCUGUGCGGCUUCAGUCCUCCAGACUCAGCGGGUAAGGAAUGGUUGUGUCUGAACUGUCAGAUGCAGCGGGCUGUAGGGGGCAUGGAGCCCCCUGGGCCUCCCAUGAUGAAACAGCCCCCCAAGCAGGGCUCUGCCCCUCCCUCCCCACAAAGAAAAGAUCCACCAUCUGGUUCACCCUCCAGGGGUGAACCAGGGAAGAAGCCCCCAAUGCUGACCAAACAGCAGAGUAUUGCUGACACAGGAAAAGGAGCUACACCUCCAACAACACCAAAAUCUGGACCAGGGCCACAGCAGGCCUUGCAAGGACCUCAGCCUGGACCACCAGGGGCCAAGCGUGGACAGCCUCCCCCUCUUCAGAAACUUUCACAGAGCCCAAAAGGUAGUCCCCAGCCUUCUCCUGCAAAAACUACCCCAAAACAGGAUGGAGGCUUUUUUGGGGGAUUUGGUCUUGGGGGUUUGACAGAGGUGACAAAACCUUCUGCAGGUGCCCAGGCUAGUGAGUCAGUCACAGGGAAACUAUUUGGUGGGUUUGGUGGCUCGUCCAAACCUCAGAGUGGCUCCACAGCUCAGGCCAGCGAGUCAGUCACCGGGAAACUCUUCAGUGGGUUCGGUGGGCUCACUGAGUCAGCAAAGCUUCCAGCAACUGCUUCUCAGGCGACUGAGAGUGUGUCUGGAAAGAUGUUUGGUUUUGGCUCAUCCAUCCUUAGCUCUGCCACCAAUCUCAUCACUGGGGAGGAACCAAAUUCUCCCCCUGAAUCUCCUCCAGGAUCACCCCCGGAUUCCCCCAUUGGGUCCGAUGCAGACUCCCCUCCUGGAUCGCCCCCCGACUCAGGCUCAGACUCACCCCCAGGUACUCCAACUGUUUAUUCCAAAGACCCAGCAUCUCCAAAACCUGCAAUUGCUGAAGGGAAGGCAUUAGCAGAUGAAUCCUCUACGAAAUCAGCAAAAGUAGAGGAGCCUCAAACUCCAGUCCCAGGCUCUGAGUCCUGCUGUCCACUUUGUAAAGUGAAGCUGAACCUGGGAUCAGGAGACACAACUAACUACAGCACCUGCACAGAGUGCCAGAAGAUUGUGUGCAACCUGUGUGGAUUUAACCCCACUCCACAUCUCUCAGAGAAAGAAUGGCUCUGCCUAAACUGCCAGACCCAAAGGGCUCUAUCCGGACAGCUUGGGGAUAUGCCACCUCCACCUUCUCCAUCAAAGCUGCCAGCCAAACAUGAACCCACCCCACCUUCCUCCCUAGCUGGUGCUGCAUCCUCCACCCCUUCAUCUCCUGCACCUACUGCCACUGCACCCCCUGCCAGAGGGCUAACAUGGAUGCCCAGCAUAACUCAGGCUCUAGCUGACAAGUCGGAGUCAGACCCAGCCAAAGCUGCUGGUGCAAAAGAUGUCGAAAAUACAGAGGCAGAAAAAGGGGUCACAGCAGAGCCAAUACCGAAGAGCAUACAGGUAGUACCAGAAGGAAGCAAAGAUCAAACACCUGGCACCCUGACUGAAAACACAGAGGGUGCAUCAACGCUACCUGUUCAAACAUUUAAGGAGGAUGCCCCUCCUACACAUCAUGUUGCAGAAGGGACAGUAGAUGUUAAAGGGGCACACAUAGAACAGGCUAAAACACUAGAACAAAUUAAGGCCCUUGUAGAGAAAAAAGAAGAUGCUGCUUCUGAACUUCUGAAGGAACCUGGUGAGAAAGACAGAGAGAGCAGCCCUACAAGUCCUUCAGACCUGGCAAAGUUGGAAAGCACUGUCCUUCCAAUUCUAGAGGCCCAGGUGACAGCAAAAGAGGAAUCACAACCUGAAACUCCGAAGGUCAAGCGUCGACUGGAGGUUCUGCCAGUGUCUCCAGAACCAAGCUCAGAGGAUGACCAACUUGGAGAAACUAAAGAACAAAAGGAUGAUGCAUUGAAAAAAGAAUGGAAAAAACUCCUUGUUCCUACAGAUAUCCAAGGAGAUUCUUUUGAGGACAGUAAUGAGGGAAAGCAUUCACCUCAACACCAGAGGAAAAAAACUGUUGGAGAUAAGGAAGUGGAAAUGGAGAGUCCCGUCUCUGUGGAGGAAGAGGAGAUCAGGAAGCAGAUCAUAGAAAUGAGCGCAGAUGAGGAUGCAUCACCAUCUGAUGAAGAAAACCUUGUCAGACGGAAGAUCAAAGAUCAAGAGAAGAAGAAAAUGGAACAGAGUGCAAAGAAGGAUGAUAAGGGAAAAAAUUAUUCAGGGAAGGCCAGGCACCUUCUCAGAAAGAGCAGUAUCAGUCCAGAAGAUGAGCCAGAGCAGAAGAGUAUUAUCUCUGUGACUAAAAUUGAGGAACUAGCUAAAGGAGAACAGCCUUCCUCGGACAGUGGAGCUGGCAUACGGCAUUUCAAAACAAUUGAACUCAACAGUACAGCGACUGUACGCCAGACAUCAGAUGAUGGUGAGCUAGAGAGUCUUUCUGACUCUCCUGAUGAUCGGUCAAGAGGCGAAGGCUCUUCAAGUUUACAUGCAUCCAGUUUUACUCCAGGAACAUCCCCCACAUCUUUGUCUUCUCUUGAUGAAGACAGUGACAGCAGUAGCCCUAGUCAUGCUCGGUCAAGUGGUGAGGGCAAGCAGCAGAGGAAAGCGAAGCACCGGCAGCCAGGCCAGUUGCUUCCCACCAUUGAGGAUUCAUCCGAGGAAGAGGAACUGCGAGAGGAAGAGGACCUUCUAAAAGAACAGGAGAAGCACAAGGGCUCAGGAAAGAAGUCAAAGAAAGACAAAGAGGAGAUUCGAGCACAGAGAAGGAGAGAGAGGCCAAAAACACCACCAAGCAACCUCUCACCAAUUGAGGAUGCAUCGCCUACAGAAGAGCUACGGCAGGAAGCAGAGAUGGAGGAAUUCCGCAGGUCUUCCUGCUCAGACCUCUCCCCAAGCAUGGAGUCAGAACCAGAGAGCUUUGAGAUACUCCUGGAGAAGAUUUCUGCAGUCCAAAAAGUAUAUCAGUUACCAAUGUCAGUCUCCUUAUACUCUCCCACAGAUGAGCAACAUGCUGAUAAUCAGUCCAAAGAAAGGGGAAAUCGACCAUUAAGAAGUGCUGAUGAGGCAUAUGAGGAGAUCAUGCUGAAGGCCAAAUCUCCAACUACUGAGGUAAAAGAACAACCACCUGGGAAAGAAUCUCUUUAUGGCGGCAUGCUGAUUGAAGAUUAUGCAUAUGAGUCUCUUGUUGAUGACCCAUCAUAUGAACAGGAACCAGCUAAUCUUCUUGUGUCAGAGAAACCCAAAAAACCUCUGAGAUCACCUGAUGAGGUAUAUGAAGAUAUGAUGCAGAGAAAGAAAGAUAUGCUUAAAGAAAAGGAGCUAACGCAUGAUAAGCCAGUAGAAGACAUUCCUAAACCAGAAAUUGUGUUCACUCAUACUGACUCUUGCAAAGAGAUUUUCUCAUCAAGUAUCACAGGCCAGUCUGGAAAGAAUGAAAGGCCUUUAUUAGAUGCAGAGGCAGCCUAUGAAGAACUUAUGAAGAAACAAAGAGCAGUGCUGACUCCAGGAACCAGUCCAACUCAAGUAGGCCCUGAUCUGAGUGGAAUGGCACAAGGAACAACAGUAGCCCAAGCUGAGAGAACAGAGACGGCAUCCCUACGAAGGAUUCUGCCUAUACCUGAUCUAAGAGUGACACAGUGCUCAUCAGGUGAAGAGGAAUCUGGUGAAGAGAGCAUUGCUGAUCAAACACAGGACUCUGAGAAAGCUACAGUUUCAACUAAAAAGACUGAACCAGAGCCACUUAUUGAUGAGGCUUCCCAGGAAACAUUAGUCUCAGCGUCAGAGUCAGUACUAGAUGAUUUAUCAGUACAAAAAGAAGCAGCAUCACCUGAAGUACCAAGUGAUGCACAAGCACUCAUAAAGAAAAAUGUAGAAAUUGAUCAAACAGAUGUUGUUGACUUGUCAAAGUUCCCGGCCUCUAGUCAAAUUGACUCUUUUACAGCUACAGUUCAGAGUGUAAUUUUAAGACCAUCAGCCCCAGUAGUUGUAAGUGUAUCACCUUUCCCAACUGUACCUCAAUAUAUAGUAUCCACUCUACCUAGUGUUGUAUCAACUGCCCCACCAGUCCCUCCCAAACCAGUAGUGCUACGCAAAGCAGCGUCUUUAGAAAAAGCAGACAUUCCAGUUGCUCCACCACUACCUCCUCCAACUCUACCCAAACCCUCUGUGUAUCCGAAAAUGACUCCGCCACAGGUCCCCAAAAGAACUGUUCCAGUUGGCAUGCCAACCUCAGGUGAUAGUGUACCAGUAAGGCAACCUCUUGCUCCAACCUACAAGCCCCAUGUUCCUCCUCCUGUACCACCAAAGCCAUCCUCCAUCCCUGCAGGACUGACCUUCAGUCACAAAGCAGGGGAGUCUGUUAAACCACCCAUUGCUCCCAAACCCAUAGCAAAUGCUCAGCCACCUUUUACAGCCCAUACUCCAGCAAGACCUACCAUUCUCAGUACAAGCAGUGCAGACAGUGUCCUUAAUCUGAGUCCCUCUUCCGAGAGUAAAAUUGGAACCACAUCUCCCCUCAAGUCUCCUACAUCACCCAGGUAUGGCAGAGUUUUGCGUGACACAUAUGUUGUUAUUACAUUGCCAUCGCAGCCUGGUUCACCUACAGAAGGUAUCACAACCCAAGCCCCAACUAGUCCUGGCCCAGAAUCACCUCAGAAACAGGCUUCUUCACAAUCCCAAACUCAAUCCCAGCCACAAACUCAACCACCUCCACAGCCACAAAGAACCAGAGUACCACUGGCAUUCACGCGAAUUACUGAAUCAAUUGAAAGUCAAGAAAUAUGUGGUCCAGAAAAGGUAGUUUCUAGCAUGAGCCAUGUCUAUGAGGCUAUUUCAGCCUCAACACAGCCUCAAUCAGCUAUCCCAAAUGUUGGUGUUCAGGUAGUUACCACUGAAGUGCAAAGAACCACAGUGUCUGUUGUGCAUGAAAGAACACCACCCCCACACCCCAUUCCAAGAGCCACUGGUAUCCCUGUUGUUUGGGAAAACAUGCAAUCUGAACCAAUUCAAGUGCAGAAUGGCCAUGCUUACCAUCCUGGAGAGGUAGUGGAUCUCCGAACCCCAAAGAUAGAUGUAGAGACAUCCAUGAAGGGUGUGGAUCUGUCUUCCUCUGAGUCAAGACGACAAUCGACAAUCAAUAUUGAUGGUGGUGGGCGUCAUCAAAGUGCUGUGCAGUCAUCUGUAGUGAACCUAAGCACUGAUACUUCCUCAGUGUCUGUGGUUACAGACAGCAUCACCAUUCUUACAUGCACAGCCACUGUAGCUUAUGGCAGUGAUACUUCUCAGUCCACAUCGAUGCCUCUCCAACUCACAACAGCUAAAUCUUUUGAGCCUGUAUCCCAAAUUAUUUACAGGCCUCUGAAUACUCAGCCAGAGAAACCAAUAAAUCUCUCUACAACAGUGGGUAAAACUCAUCAUGUUCCUGUAACAAUAGCUCCUACAAUUACAAACAAUGGCAUUAGUGCAACUAUCCCCCCUCGACUAGAAACAGGCUUAUCAGGUGCAGUUGACCUCACCACAGUUAAACCUGCACAAACCAUAGUUACCAUGAAUGGGUCCACUGCAGAGGUGAUUACUGCUGUAAUUACAGAGGAAGAGGGUAAACCAGUAGAUCUGACUGCAGGAAGAAGAUCAGUCUGCUGUGAUGUAGUCUAUAAGCUUCCUUUUGCAGGGAGCUGUGCAGCUCAACAGCCCUCAGCCCAAUUACCAGAGGAUCGUUUUGGCUACAGGGAUGACCACUAUCAAUAUGAUAGGACUCCUUAUGGUAUGAGAGGUCUUGGUGGAAUUAAACCUUCAAUGUCUGAAUCAAACUUAGCUGAGGCUGGUCUCUUUCUGUAUAAAAAUAAGCAUAGUUAUGAUUACAAAGAGACCACAGAAGGUGCUGUAGACCUGACAUCUGGAAAAAUGUCUGUGACAGGUGAGGCUGUGGACUACUCAAGCAAAGCUACAGGAGUAUGCACUGCAAUGACGAUUCCACAGUACACACAAGCCAGGAUUACUUCAGCAGCUGGAACCCAUUAUGGCGUGCCUAGUGUCCUAAGAUCUUCCAAUGGUGUUGUUUAUUCUUCUGUAGCAGCACCAGUCCCCUCUACAUAUGCCAUAACCACCCAGCCUGGCUCCAUCUUCAGCACAUCCUACAGUACUCUAUCAGGCAUGCACACAAGUGAUACUAUGCCAUCACUGUCAACUCUACAGAACCAACCUCUCACUAGAUCACACAGUUUUCUGUCAACCAUUGCUGUAACUACAGCAGGGGAACAAAAUUACAUGCCCUUGAAUCUGGACACUACAGUUUCAAAGGCUGGCCUUUCCACAACUCUCUCAGAUGUUAUUUCUACAGUUACAACAGUGGCAGCACAAGACACCUACACAAAUGCCUCUUUGGAAGCAAUUGCAGCCUCUUUAGAAGCUCUGUCUUCACCUAUGGUUCCUGGAGAUGGACAGUACCAGAUGGAGCGCGAGUUUCUCGAACUAGAGAAGAUGAAGCAACAGCGCUUGGCUGAAGAACUUGAGUGGGAGAGGCAAGAGAUCCAGCGAUUCCGUGAGCAAGAACAGCUUUUGGUGCAAAAGGAGCUGGAAGAGCUUCAGACCAUGAAGCAGCAAAUUCUGUGCCAGCAAGAGGAGGAGAGACAAGCCCAUCUCCUGAUGCAAAAGGAGACUUAUGCUCAACAACAAGAGCAGUUAGAGCAGAUACAAAGGCUACAAGAGCAGCUCAGACUGCAGUUGGAGGAACAGAAAUUCAGGCAAAUGUAUCCUGGUGAGAUCCUGCCAGAGGCUCUUGUUGGAGGAGAAAGAAAGACGGACAGCGGCUGCCAGACUGAUGAGGAGGAUAAUAUUGAAAAGGCCUACACUGCAGGAAGAAAGAAGAAAAGUGCAAAGAAAAGUGUUGAUAGCAGUGUACAGACAGAUGACGAGGACCAGGAUGAAUGGGAAGUUCCUGCUCGAGGCAGGCGCAGUAGACCACGUGGUGGAAAAAAUGGCAUGGGUGAAAGGGGAGGGGUUUCAGUUCAGGCCCUAACUGAAAUUUCAGUACAAACAGACACCUCAGGAACACUUAGGGGGCACUCUGUGCAGGUAGAUACUAGAGUAGCUUAUCCUGACUCUGACAGAACUUCCUCUCCUAAGCGACGCCCCACACCACUUGAUAUAGGCCAGUCCCCUCACCUCAAAGCAGAUUCCUCCACUCUUCAGGUUGUCCCAGGUCCACCCAAGUCCCCAAAAGUUCUGUACUCUCCCAUUUCCCCUUGUGUAUCCCCUAGCAAAUCCCUUGAGUAUUUGUCUUAUGAGAAAUCCCUUGGAGACAGAAGCCCACAGAGAAUACAUUCUGCCACCGACCUAUCCAUGGGUCCACCAUCAAGUCCUAGGGCUCCCAAGGUUAUACAAAGGUCAAUGUCUGACCCCAAACCCAUGAGCCCAACUGGAGAGGAGAGGGCAAAUUUCCAGCAUUCUGAUGGUUAUUCUGCAAAGGGAUCUCCUAGUGGUACUCCAUCUGGCACCCAAAAGAAAGUUAAGAGGACCCUUCCUAACCCACCUUCUGAGGAAGAAGCAGCUGAUGCUGAUCAAACAGCCUACAGCUCUGGCUCAGCUCGCCGUCGCCAGUGCCGAAACACCAACAUGGCACGGGCAAAAAUUCUACAAGACAUUGACCGUGAGCUGGACCUGGUUGAGCGAGAGUCCUCGAAACUGCGUAAAAAGCAAGCUGAACUGGAUGAGGAAGAGAAGGAGAUUGAUGCCAAGCUGCGUUACCUGGAGAUGGGCAUCAACCGACGAAAGGAGGCAUUGCUUAAAGAGAGGGAGAAGAGGGAAAGGGCAUAUUUGCAGAGUGUUGCAGAGGACCGAGACUACAUGUCGGACAGUGAGGUGAGUAACAUUCGUGAGACAAGAGGUGGAGAGAAGGUCAGUGGACAUGGGCUAGAGAGACCUCGUACUGCACCACAGUCAGAGCUUGAUGAGUUUGUUCCUCCGCAGACUAAACACGAUGUCCAGUAUGGAAAGUAUUCCCAGUUCCAAUACUCACAGUACCAGCAGUCUCUGUACCAGCCUCAGUCACCAUACCAAUCCCAAUCCAUCUACUCUUCUGUUCCGUCUCUGACUGCCUCACAGCAACAGAGCUACCACCAAAUGCUACUGCUCCAACAGAAAGCAAGGCAACAAGCUGCUCUCCUCUCUGAACUAGAUUCCACUAAAAUUGCCACCAGCUAUGAUACCCAAUCCUACUUAGGGGGUAAAUAUGGCAACCACCUUGACCUGCGAAGCCUAGAGGAGCGUGCUGGUAGCCUGGCAAUGAGUCCAAUGUCCAACGUGUCUGCCGAUUCAUUCUAUGCUGACUUGGAUCAACAUCAUCAAACACCACGGAGCUACAUGCUUUUAGAGGAUGCGGCAGAACUGGCAAAGAGUACUGGUAGCCUUUCGUCCACUAGUUAUGGCAUUGCUGAAAGGGAGCUGGCCAAAGCAGAGCGUCUUCUGAGACAUACUGCUGCAGAUGUGGGUACUGACUACCUGGGUAGUUCCUCCAGACUUCACUCAUAUGGUAAGGCCCAGGAUGAAGAGGACCCAAUGGAAGAGCCAUUUGAGCUGAAGCUUUUAAAACAGCAACUGAAACAGGAGUUCAGAAGAAGCACAGGCAGCACUGAAAGCUUGGAACAACUUGCUGGACUCUCACAUCACUAUACCACCAGCACAGGAGUGUCUACUGGAGGCUACAGAGCCUUCCCCAAAACAGAGAAGUACAGCAUCAGCAGACUAACCUUGGAGAAGCAGGCUGCAAAGCAACUCCCAACAUCUAUGCUUUACCAGAAACACAAAAACACCAGCAACAUUGGAAAGUACACUUCCUCUAUCCAGGACAGCAGGGGUCUAGAAACAGACUAUAGUAGUUACUUGGGGUCCAGUGGUUCUUCGCCCAGAUCAAGCAGACUUCUACAGGAUGAGAUCACAUUUGGACUACGAAAGAAUAUUGCAGAACAGCAGAAAUACCUGGGCUCCACACUUGGGGCCAAUUUGGCAGGUUCACUCAAUCUUGGCCAAGGCAUGAAUCUGAGCCCAAGUAUGAGGUCCUCCUUGGGAGAAGACUCUGCUUACCCCAGUGGAAGCAGGUCACGGCCUUCCUCUAGACCCUCCUCAGUGUAUGGUCUUGACCUGUCCAUUAAAAGAGACACUUCCAGCUCUUCUCUGGGGCUCAAAGCAGAAGCUGACCCCUCCUUAGAGACUUCAGCUUUCCAGACUCCGUCAGGAAGGUCAAAACCUACAAGCUUGCCUAUUGGACAGGGAGGGCGUGGACGUAUACCUAUUGUGGCACAGAACUCAGAAGAAGAGAGCCCGCUGAGUCCGGUGGGUCAGCCAAUGGGUAUGGCAAGGGCAUCUGCAGGGCCACUUCCACCCAUUUCCGCUGACUCCCGUGAUCAGUUUGGGUCAUGCCUCUCCCUCCAGGACCCUCAACAGCAACAUCUUAGAGAAGAUCCUUCAAGAGGGCGUGGCUAUGUGUUAAUGGAUGAUCUGCAGGGCACCAUGUCUGACAGUGAAGCACUAAGUGAAUCCCUGGUGGGUUUGAACAGAGACGAUCCAGGAAACUCACAUGAGAAUGUCACAAACGCGUACCACCUGCGUCGGGAGGAAACUGACUGGUUUGACAAACCACGAGAAGGACGCACAGAGAACGGACAAGGGGUGGAGAGAAGACAGGGCAAGUCAGCGCAUUACCCGUUUCCCCAUAACAGAGUAAAACUACAGAGGGAUCCUAAAGAUCAUAGUGUAUCAGGAAACGGGCUGGGCAUCCGUGUGGUUGGAGGGAAAGAGGUCCCUGGCAGCAACGGGGACAUUGGUGCAUAUGUAGCCAAAGUAUUACCUGGAGGAGCUGCGGAGCAGACGGGGAAGUUUGUGGAAGGAAUGCAAGUUCUGGAGUGGAACAGCAUUUCCUUGACUGGAAAGACAUACGAGGAGGUGCAGGGUCUGGUUGGUCAUCAGGUUGGAGAGGCGGAGUUAUGCAUCAGACUUGACCUAAACAUGCUGUCUGAUUCUGAAAGCUCCCACCUAGACCUUCAAGACCAGACCAAAGGAGACAGACCUCCAAGGUCUCCAGGUGUGGACCCUAAGCAGCUGGCUGCAGAGCUGCAAAAAGUGUCCCAGCAGCAGGUGCCGUCCUCCUUGACAUCAGCGCUGGAUAAGGCCUCAGCGUCUGCAGGAUCCAGUGCAGUACCCAGCCCUGGCCAGCCUGGUUCACCCUCUGUCAGCAAGAAACGCCACAGCAAGACCUCUGAGACUGCAAAGAUUCACUUUCACCCAGUGUCAGGAGAGAUCCAGCUUCAAAUAAAUUACGACAAACAACUGGGAAAUCUCAUCGUCCAUGUUCUUCAAGCGCGGAAUCUGGCACCUCGGGAUAAUAACGGCUACUCUGAUCCAUUUGUGAAAGUUUACCUGCUGCCAGGAAGAGGUCAGGUCAUGGUUGUGCAGAAUGCCAGUGCUGAGAAUAAAAGAAGGUCCAAACAUGCUCAGAAGAGCCUGAAUCCAGAAUGGAACCAAACUGUCAUCUACAAAAACAUCCACCUGGAACAGCUAAAGAAGAAGACACUGGAGGUCAGUGUGUGGGACUAUGACAAAAGCUCUGCAAAUGACUUCUUGGGAGAGGUGCUAAUUGACCUGUCCAUCACGGCCCAACUGGACAAUGUCCCGCGCUGGCUGCCUCUGAAGGAGCAGAGUGAGGGCGAACAUCACCGCCGCUCUCACUCGGGACAGGGCCGUCAGCACUCGCCCAAACCUCCUGGAGGACAUGGAAGUCAACACUCCCCUAAAACCUCCAGUCACAGCAAGGAGGAUUCACCCAAAUCCUCAGUCAUCAAGAGUCGGAGUCACGGAAUCUUCCCUGAUCCUGCCAAGGACACGCAGGUCCCCACUAUUGAGAAAUCUCACAGUAGCCCUGGCACGUCGAAGCCUUCCCUCUCUGAGGGCCAAGCCCGCCCCCCCGGAGUCUCCCGUGCUUAUGGCAAAAGUGGCACGGCCCGGACACACCUCGACGAUGUCGAAGCUGCCAGCCAGCAACCCCGCCACCAACCAACCCAUAACGGCCGCCUUGACCUGAGGCACCACAGGCACAGCGUAGCUGGUGUGCUCACCAUUCAGAGAGCCCCGUCCGAGUCGCCAGCCAAUGAGAUCCCUGACUACCAUCACCUGACCCUCAGGAAAGCCAUGUCGGAAGAGAGGCCGCAGCCGGACGGAGUUUCCCGCAGCCAUAGAUCUGGUGAUGUUCCUGUUACUGCAGCCUCAUUGGACAGUGGUCUGAGUGGCAGUGCCUUUAGCCUAUUGGAUGAAGAGUGUGGGACCAAUGCAGUGGAUAGCGCCAUCUUCCAGGUUCCCAGAUUUGGAAAGAUUCCAAAUGGCACAGAAGCUGUGAAAUCCACUCAUGGAGAUACAGAGGGUAAAACUCAGGUGUUGGGGGAGAUAAAGAUUGCUCUGAAGAAGGAGAUGAAGACGGAGGGAGAACACCUGGUGCUGGAGAUCUUACAGUGCAGGAACAUCACAUAUAAAUUCAAGUCUCCCGACCACCUCCCGGACCUGUAUGUGAAGCUGUAUGUGGUAAAUGUGGCCACUCAAAAGAGAAUAAUCAAGAAGAAGACCAGAGUGUGUCGUCAUGAUCGUGAACCUUCUUUCAACGAAACCUUCCGCUUCUGUAUGAACCCAACUGGCCAUUCCAUUCAGCUCUUUCUUGUUUCAAAUGGCGGCAAGUUUGUAAAGAAGACCCUAAUCGGCGAGGCCUACGUGUGGCUGGAUAAGGUGGACCUGCGUAAACGGGUGGUGAGCUGGCACAAGCUGCUGGCCAGCACAGCUCAGAUCCAUUCUUAAAGAAAUUGGUUGGAUGAGGCGUGAGGACAGACCAGGCAGAGGAGUCACACAUCUCCGCCGCAUUCUUUGGGACUAAACUAAGCUGAAUUUGGAGAGCCGACAUAGGAAGAGAUUUGGCUUCCCAGUUGCACAGGCACUGUGAUUGUGUUAACCCAAGCCAUGAAGAAACAGGUGUUUAACAGUGUUUACAAGAAGGAUCUUUGACCCUUGGUGAGAGGGAACAGAUCUCAAAAGUUGGUGAAAGCUCUUGUAGGUGCAGAACUGACCAAGAGAUUCACAAGACAUUCACAAGUGAACACACCUUCACAAACAUACCUUUUCCACAAUCACUCACACUUACACUUUUAUCUGUAAUAUGUGUAAAUUGGGCCACAAAAGACAUUAUUAGUUAUAUGAUAGAAAGUUUAACUAUGAAUUUCCUGUUAUUUUUCCUUUAUACUUUAGAACAUUCUGAUAAUUUACAGAUAGAGACAGAUAUCAUAUAUAUAUAUAUAUAUAUAUAUAUAUAUAUAUAUAUAUACACACACAUUAUUUUUGUAUGAUAGAGACAAAUUCAUUUUUAGAUAUUUAUCAUUUCUUUGCAUUCUCUCUCAGAUGUUAUUAUGUGUUGAAAGAGCACAUAUUUAGAGCAUAUUAUUAAUGGAUUAGAGAGUAUUUUAUGGUAUAUUAUAGACAGAUUUAAAUGAAUGAAAUAUGAUUUAUUGAGUGUUGUGGUGAUGCGUUGUGCUGGUAUGGUAAUUCAUGCUUUCCACUUACUAGUAGUCACACAUUAGUCCUUCUCUGUGAUACUGAAUCCAUAAAAGACAGAGCUAUAGUUGAAACAAACUCCCUUUUAUUCUGCUGAGCCGACUCUAUAAAUCAAAAACAAGAUAAUUUCAAAGAACUUAAACAUUUAAGAAAACUGCUGGUCUCUUUUGACUCCAUAGGAAAUGAAUGGGAAAUCAGAUAGAAGUGUCCGCUGAUUGUUUUGAACUCAUUUGAUGAAUGUGACAGCAGAAAUAUCUCCAGUAUGCAGCACUGGUUGAAAAAGUGUCAAAUUCAGCACUGUUAUAUGUUUUGCGAUUUGUGUCUUUUAAGAAUGUAGUGGUUGGUAGCUUUUUCCUCAGAAAAAAAAAAAAAGCACUAAACAUCCUGCUAUUUAAUACAGUGAAACACUGUCAACCCUUAACACACAAACACAUACACAAUUGCUCUCUUGUUUAUUCAAGAUUAGUGUAUGAAUAGGUACAUUUUGUGUCUUGUCUGGAUGUGGAAUUGUUUUUAAUUUCUCAUAUUUCUGAUACAAUAUUUAUAUUAUGUUUUAUUAUUAAAACAAACUUCUAAACACUCAGGUUUUGAUGAGGCACUUGUGAAAAGCCUUGCUUAAAUAUUAUUGGCUGAUCUUUAAUCUAAGCAGGUUCUUCAUAAAGGCAUGAUGCUUAAAUCAAGUGUGAUAAUUGCGAGUAUCAGGGUGAUGACAAUACAAUAAGUUUAUUUAUUUUUUAUUUAACAUAUUAUUAUUAUUAUUGCUAACUGUAAUUGUAGUAUUGUUGGUUUACAUGUCUUAUAGGAAAAUGUAUGUUUAGAUGCUGAGCAUACCAUCUGACCACCUCUUAAUAUAAUGCAGAUUGUGCACUUAAAUGCCAUUAGUCUUAUGUGCAUGUUGUUUCUUUCAUAUUUUCAUGCUUUUAAACUGGAUACAACCAUUUACACAUAACCCAGAGGACUGCCCAUAGCUCAGACACAUUAUUCCUUACAAAUAUUUCACUCAAUUGUCAAACAUUAAGGGUAAAUUGAGACCUGGAUAUAGUGAACUUUAUAACCUGUGUCAAAAUACCAAAAUCCACAGGUUCUGUGUAUGUAAUUCUAUGCAACAUGCAAAAAGGCAUCUGGUGUUCCUAUUAUUCAGUGGUCAGAGAACACUGAAUUUUGUAUGGGUUUUUUAUUUUAUUUUAUUUUUUUAUUUUUUUUACUUCGUAUUUAUCAUUUGUUUUUUAUACAUUUGGUUGUGUAUUUUGCUCGCUGCUUGUUUUAUCAAUUUUUGUUUUUUUUUUUUUUUUUUGCUAUUUUUUUUUAGCAAUCUUUUUCUUAAUGUAAAGUGAGAUUAACCUACUAAACUAAACUGCUAUCUAAUCACUAGUCUUGACUAUUUAAAUGUACAUGAAGAAAUGUGUGUUUACAAGAUCAUAGUAGACUAGUCAUGUUGUGUUUGUCAUAAGCCAGCCAUUCAAACACAGUGUUGGGAAUCACAAUCUCAGUUUACUCAAUGCACUAGGUACAAAAAUGCUCAGCUUUCAUUAUAUAUUCUGAUCUCCCAGAAUGUAUGUUGUUAAUUUUUACAUUCACAGAUUAGAUAAAAGCAUAAAUUAAUAAGUGAUCAAUUGAACAAAUAUUCAUAGAUACAUUGUAAUCAACAGAGCAUCCUUUGAAUAAUCAGUGCAUGCCCAAUUCUCAUUUACCUCACUAACUCUUUCACCUCUGAAAAAAACAAAAAAAAUCCAUGUAUAUAAAAAAUAACAUUCUUUUUGUACAAAUAGGAUCUUAGUUUUCUGGUUCAAUGAAAAGCAUGUGUUGAGAGGAGCAGAGCGAUUGUGAUUUGAUCUGUGUGUUAAAUGUUGUACAUACUGUACACUAGGGUAAAAGUUUUGUUUCCCCAUGCUUGCCUUUGACGAACUGGACUUGACCUGCACAACAGACACAGAUUUUAUCAUGUAUAGUAAAGAACAGAAACUGACCUUACUGACUCAGAGUAGAAUCAGGAAACACGGUGUUUUCACUUUGGAUGUUGCAUGUUUUAUUGGUGGUUUGUUCAUACUAUUUUUGUGUCCAGAUUCUAUUUACAAAAAGAGACAGAUAUUAUGAAAAAUUAAUCAAAUCUAAAUAUGUAUGCUGACUGUACAAAGAUAUGCUUGUAUAAUCUGUCUGGUUUUCCACUUACUGUAAACUGAUGAAAAAAAUUCAACUGUCAUGGUUUUUGUGGUUGUACACAAACGGUGUUGAUAAAUUAUGCAAAUUGUGCUGUAAUAAAAGGCUAUUGCCCUAAGUCUAAAUAUUAAAUAAUAUAUAUGUAAAAUUG